AAUUACUUCCCCCGGCCUGUUGGAUAGCUAGCAGCGCGUGUCUGUAAGAGACUGAGAAUCGCGUAUAGUCCGUGUGCCCAGGAAGCGGCGGGAUGCAGGAUCCAAACGCAGACACAGAGUGGAAUGAUAUUCUGCGUAGAAAAGGUAUCCUUCCUCCAAAGGAAAAGCCACAGGAUGAAGAGGAGGAGGAAGCAGAGAUUCUUAAGCUACAAUCUGUUGUGAAAACUUAUGAAGACAUGACUCUUGAGGAAUUGGAAGACAAUGAGGAUGAAUUCGGUGAAGAAGAUGAAAGAGCAAUAGAGUUGUACAGACAACAAAGAAUGGCACAGUGGCAAGCAACCCAACUAAAGAAUAAAUUUGGAGAGGUAUUGGAGAUUUCAGGACAAGACUAUGUCCAGGAAAUUACAAAAGCUGGGAAAGAUCUGUGGGUGAUAUUACAUCUUUACAAACAAGGCAUACCACUCUGUACUUUAAUCAACAAUCACUUAACUGUACUGGCGCGAAAGUUCAAAGAUGUGAAAUUCGUAAAAUCAAUUUCCACAACAUGCAUUCCCAACUAUCCUGACAAGAACCUUCCCACUAUCUUUGUAUAUCUUGAUGGUGAAAUACGGGCUCAGUUCAUUGGACCUCUUGUGUUUGGUGGAAUGAAUCUAACACAGGAUGAGUUAGAAUGGAAGAUUGCCGAAUCUGGAGCCAUCAAGACAGACCUUGAGGAAAAUCCAAGAAAGCAAAUCCAGGACCAGCUCAUGACCUCGAUUCGUACCUCCAUCCCUACAAAGAAAGACAGUGAUUCAGAGGAUGACUGAAGCACAGUUUAUUUUUGUAUUGGUCUUUUACAGUGUUCUGUCUAAAACUCCCAAAAUACUGUGUUAAUAUUCAACGCUAUAAUGGUGGCAGACUUAAGUCUCUAAAAGGACAUGAUUUUCCCCAACCAUAAUUCUUACUUUUUACCACCAUUUCACAGGCAAAUAAUUUAAACACUAGAUGGGUAAGUUUAAUGACCGAAAAUUUGUUCAAAAUAUUUUUCCCUCUGUGUGUUUAUAACAUUUACAGAUUCCGUACAGUAGUUACAUAGAUGACUGUACAAAGUGUUCAAUAAAUGUCAUUGUUUGGCUGUGCAGCCAUAAUUUGACUGCAGGCUUUUAAAUAUCAUCUAAAUAAUGGGGUUGCAUUGGCUUUACUACCUUGACAACUAUAACACUUGAAAUAUUUGAAGAAUCUUAGGCUUAGCUUAUAAAAUUGUCAGAAACCAUAAAUGCAGCAACGUAGUGAUAUAUAAUGCUUUAUAAAUAGGGCAUAUAAUAUCCUGCAGAUGUAAUUUCUGUUUUGAUGUUUUUGGGCAAGUAAAACACUGAUAUAUAUUUUUACAAGAUCAAGAAAUUACUGCAUAGACCAGAUCUAUGGCUUCUAGAAUAUGAUAAACUGUAUGCUCAACAGUUAAUCUAAGUUGCUUCCUAAUGUCCUUCAGCCCAAAGCUUCAGAUAAGGAGUACAUGCUCUGUAGAUGUAGCUGACACAUUGGUCCCUGGAAGAAUGAGCAAUGGGCAUUAUGACUUUUCUUUGCAUGUGUCCUUUUUGAGCGUCAUUCUGAAGACAAAAGAAAGGAGUGCAAGGUGCUACAGAGCCAUUUGUUUAAUCUCUGCUCAAAUAGGGGGUGAAGUACCUCACUAUUGGAUCAAAAUAAGUGUUUGAUGUAUGGCCUCUAAACAAAGCAAUUUUGUGCUCCUUAGAGCUCUUACAGUUACCCAUAAUAAAUAAAUAUGUGACCCACUAUGAGCCAGCUUCAGCUAAUAUUUGUUGAAACAUAAAUGUUCAUUCUGUUAUAAGGAUACUGUCAACAUAUCAUACUUAAAGGGGAACUCUGGCUUCCAAACCAAAAUUUUAUAAAAAGGCCCAAAUAACACAGGAACUCCUAAUAUAUAUAAUAAUAUUGCAGUUACCAGUUUCUUCAAAAAGUAUGAAUAAAUGCAAUUUUCUAUGCUGAAA